CUGAUGGGCCAAGACUCCAUCUACCUCCAGGUCCUAUCGGGCGAUACCAGCGAGCCGCAGCACAAGAACGCGAAACGAGUCCUCACGCUGCUCAACCGAGGAAAGCAUUGGGUGCUCGUGACGCUGCUGCUCGCCAAUGUCAUCGUCAACGAAUCGCUUCCCGUUGUGCUGGACCGCUUCCUAGGCGGCGGUGUUGCUGCCGUCGUGGGUAGUACGAUUCUUAUCGUCAUCUUUGGCGAAAUCGUGCCUCAAUCAGUAUGCGUGCGAUAUGGCCUCCCCAUUGGCGGGUACAUGUCCACUCCCGUGUUAAUUCUCAUGUACCUCCUGGGCCCAGUGGCCUGGCCGACCGCGAAGCUCCUUGACUGGAUCCUUGGAGAGGACCAUGGUACGGUAUACAAGAAGAGUGGCCUCAAGACGCUCGUGACGCUGCACAAGUCUCUCGGUGAAGUGUCGGAGCGACUGAACCAGGAUGAGGUCACCAUCAUCACCGCCGUCCUGGAUCUGAAGGACAAGCCUGUGUCGGAAGUCAUGACUCCCAUGGACGAUGUGUUUACCCUGGCCGAGGACCACAUCCUGGAUGAGGAAACCAUGGACACCAUUCUUUCGUCCGGAUACUCGAGGAUCCCCGUCUACCGCUCAGGCAAUCCGACUGAUUUCAUAGGCAUGCUCCUUGUCAAGACGCUCAUCACCUACGACCCCGAAGACCGCAUCCCGGUCCGAGAUGUGCAGCUGGGAGCUGUUGUUGAAACGCGACCCGAGACAAGCUGCCUGGACAUUAUCAACUUUUUCCAAGAGGGCAAGUCUCACAUGGUACUGGUCUCUGAGUUUCCUGGCUCGGAUCACGGUGCUCUCGGCGUUGUUACGCUAGAGGACGUUAUUGAAGAGCUCAUUGGAGAGGAGAUUGUUGACGAAUCGGAUGUCUACGUCGACGUGCACAAGGCCAUCCGGCGCCUGACCCCUGCUCCGCGAGUCCAUCGCAGGCACAGUGACGCGCCGGGUGCAGGUGUGGCGGUUAGGAAGACGCCAGACCACAAUGGCAACCACCACAAGCCCGCGGACGGUCAGGAAGUCGAGGUCGGCUCCCUGAAGAGCGACUCGGGUCACUUUGAGCGCCCUCCCAAGACGGCCGUGUUCAUGAAGCGCCAACACUCUGCAGACGGCCGCACCGGGAAGAACGCCGUGCCCGUGAAAGCGUCGCUCGACGAGAUGCGGCAGCAAUUGCGACUCGGCCCCGCAAACCGCGCAGCGAAGCCGUUGAGCAGCACACGAGGAAGCGUAUUCAAGAUCAAGCAGGGCCUGGGGACUGUGGUGACAACAACAACAUCAACCACCACCACAACACCAGACCCAAAACCGGCCAAUGGCAACGGGAGCUCGGAAGGCGCAGAAGGGCACAGCGAACAAAACGAAACCACGCCAUUGCUGGGAAAGGGUCAGAACGGCGCAAGUUAGAGACGACGAUUCGAAAGAUUGGCUUCGGGUGUGCGCGACCAGUGGCGCAAGAGGGAGAGGUAGCUGUUGGCGACGGAACAUUCACCAAGGUCCGAAUAAUAUCAGAAGACGAAUGGAAAGGGGCGAAAAACACACGGAGUCUUGUUGAGAACAAAAGUGUUGUCACUACUCUUCACCAAUUCUAUGUUUUUAUUCAGCGUUUGAAGGGUGGGGGAGACUCUCCAUCUGGCCCUAUUGUUUGUCAAUAUCAUGGAUUUCC